UCGCAGGAGGAGCAGGGUUCACACGCGCCACUACCACCACCACCACCACUACCACCACGACCACCAGCAACAAUAUCAACAGCAUCCACAGCAGUACGCCGCCGCUUGGUAACAGAAAUAGCAGUAGCAGUAGGACUAGGACUUGGAGACCCAGCAGAGACUCUGUCGCGCCGGACAGCAACAGAACACAGAGUGGCAUCAUCGCAGGACAGCAACAUUUUUAGAGGCAGAGAGAGAUAGACAGAGAGGGAGAGGGAGAAAGGGAGAGAGAUAGACAGAGAGGGAGAGGGAGAAAGGGAGAGAGAUAGAGGGGAGAGACAGACUUGGAGACAGGACUAUCUGAUGCGACGGGCGGCCACCUCGUAAAUCUUUGGAAUCCGAAUGAAGUUGACCCAGAUUGGAGGCAUCGAGAUGUUCCCCAGAGGACCACGGCAACUCAACAACACCUGGACACGAUGAAGGAGCAGCUCUGGUGUGACACCGACGCCGCGUGAAUUUCCCCCGACCGACCGACCGACCGAUUGACCCCCCCACCAAAACCUCCCACACUCCUCCAACCUCCAUCUCCCACACUCCUCCAACCUCUCCUCUACACCUUUUGCCCGCCGACCACCACCACCACCACCACCACCACCAGCCACCACCCGCUGCCUAUUACCACUUUUAUUUCUAAGGGUCACCCCUGUUGCGUUGAGGAAGGAGGGGGGUGGAGGGAGAGAGAGAGAGACGACGACAGGUCACGGCCGCUGCGACGGACGGACGGACCCCCUGUGGCUCCCAGGCCGGGCUCAUUACCGCCCCGCGUCCACACAGCGUGGGCUAUUUCAGUAUGGUGUCCCGGGAUCCCGCCAGCAUUGCGUUAUAAUGCACAUAUGGAGGCGGACAUGGAACCGAAUGCCAAGUCUGCAUCUGCUUCUCGGACUCUACUGCUUGCACCUGGUGAUGCUCGUGGGCAGCGUGUCGCUGGCGUGCAGCGAUAGGACGCCCACGGCGCCGGGGCAGCAGGGGCAGCAAGUGGCGACCGGCACCGCGGCCGGAGGCGGCGUAGGCGGCGGCGCAGGGAGCUCGGCACUCUCGGCCAACUGCUCCAAGCACGAGCGCCACACCAGGAACUAUGACUACAUGGAGGGAGGGGACGUGCGCAUACGCAGGCUUUUCAGCGGCACGCGCUGGUUCCUCACCAUCGAUGAUUCGGGCAUCAUCAGCGGCACGCAGGACCCCACAAACUGUUACAGUAUCCUGGAGAUUCGCACGGUCUCUGAGGGUGGCGUGCUGGCCAUCAAGGGCGUGAAGAGCAAGUACUACAUCGCGAUGAACCGGACGGGGACGCUGCGAGGCAAGAAAGAGUACAGUGACAACUGCAACUUCAAGGAGGUGUUCCUAGAAAACUUUUACUCGGCAUACUCCUCGGCCAAGUGGACUAAACCCAAUGGCACAGAGAUGUUCAUAUCACUGUCGCAAAAGGGGAAGCCCCUUCGAGGGCGGAAGACACGCAAGGAGCACAUAUCCUGUCACUUCUUACCCCGAGAGUGCAAAGAGGACGACCGGCAAGUGGACUGAACGAACGCUGAACUCGGAAGGAAUCUGAGAUAAGCCAUUUGCUGCUCCAGUUUGGUUUAAACAAAAUCAUAACAUAUACCGUAUACGUAUAUCUGUAUGCCACUCAUCUGGAAAAAAACAUCAUUGUCCAUCGUACGCAAGAGCAGAGGAGUAUGCAUACUGGCUACAUUUUCCAUUGUUGGAAAGGGAAAAAGGCCAACUAUCUUAAUAUAUAGAAUGACCCAUUUGAAAAACAAAGUAUUGUUUUUUUGUUUUUUUUUUGGUUUUUUUGUCCUUUUUGGUGUGUUAAUGAAUGUAUAAUAUUUAUUGCAUUUAUAAGAGCCUUUGUUAAAAUGCAUUUUUUUCCACAAGCUAUCAAUCAACAGUAAUUACUUUUAAUUACAUACAGUAGUUAAGUAAAUGUUAGUUUUAAAGAUGAAAUUUGGUGUGAAUCCAUCCAUAGGCCUGUUGUCAGUCACAGACUGCUGUUGGUUGGAAAAUAAAUGAACGUGUGAUACAAUACACACCUUAUAAUGAACCAGCAAAAAAUGCUACGUGAGUGGGACAUAGAGAGUAAGAUUCGGUUUAAUUUCCAUAUGCCCCGUCUAGUUAAUGUUAUCUAAUAUUUAUUACUCAGUCAAUGUUGCAUCAACUGUUCUUCUUUUUCCUACCAAGAGCACUCUUGCGACCCUAUACAACCGAACUGUUGACUUAUUCUCACCAAACUUCUCCUUUGAUUGUAGACAAAAACCAGUAGAUAUUACAGAACAACUCUUUCCAAUGUUUUAAUUGUGAGAGACAGCAAAAAAAGUAUGCAGUAGUCCGUCAGCAUAAUAAUUACUAUUACUAUCACUAUUAUUAUAAUUAUUACACAAUAAUCGAAAAAAAAAUUACACAAGAUACAUAGCAUUAAUCUGUGUAUGUACUUAUAGUCAAAAUUCCACAGUUUAAAAUCGAUGACGUCAAUUAUGUGUGUAACAAGCAGCUCACUUUCUUGUAUCUUCUGGGUGAGAUUGACUAUGUGGAAAUGGCAAUGGAUUUAGCUCAUACUGAGUAGCAUACCUACGAGCCUUUUGAAAGCUGACAUCAGUCACGUUGUUAAUGAGUACAUGAGUACGUACUGUAGUAGGAGUACUGUAGAUGGCGCAAGCUGGAUUUGCCUACUGCAGUAUUCACAGACAAGUGUGGAGCCAUCUGCCACUUGGCAUGUGAAAAGAGUGAAACAGACUCACCUACACAGUCUCACCCCAAGUAGUCAAUAUCUGAGUACCUUUGACCAGACUGCAAUUUUUGACGUCUUGGGUAUUCCUUCCACGUCACAUUUUGACUAUGUCCUCAAAGGCGCCCCCUUGUGGCAGCAUAACGUCAUUGAGGUUAGGUUUAGGAAUAGGUUUAGGGUUAGGCCACAUAGUCAAAAUGUGAC